AUGCCCCCUACGAUUGAUGGGCUCCUCGGACCGGCGGGGACGUCGUCGGAACCUUCGCCGUUUCGCCGCGCAAUCGACGCAUAUAUCAAGUCGAGGCCAAAAAAGAGUACAACGCCUCAGUUCUUGUUGGCUCUCCAGGAAUCAGGCUCAACGACAACCAAGGACGACGUGCAACGCGCGAUGACCGAGCUUGAAAGGAAGAAUGCGAACAGUACGGCGACCCGACUUAUUCGGAAGACCUUGAAGCCUGUAAUGUCGGUGCUUCAUACAUAUACGGGCGUCAUCGACACUCUUGCCCAGGCGGACCCUAUGCCGACCGCACUUGUCUGGGGACUCGUCAAGGCUGUAGUGGAAACGUCGAAUCGAUUUAUUGAGCUCUACGAGAAAAUCAGCACUCAGCUUGAAGCGAUGAGAAACCAUCUUGCCCGACUGACUGACUAUGACGAUCUUUACGGAGAUUCUGUAGAGAUGCAGGAGAUCUUAGAAGCUUCCGAACUCGGGCAAAUUGUGCAAGCGCGCUUGCACAGGCGCGAACAUGAAGACCAGACAGAAGAACGUCGGCUAGCUGGCUUUGCACGAGACGAGCAUAAGGCGUUCUUUCAAGAACAUCUAGAAGAGUUGAGGUUACGGAACCUUGAAAGGAGAAAGAAUCGGCUGAAAGAUUUCCGCGACUGGUUGAAAGCGGACUCGUCUCCAGUUUUGGAGACAAUCAGCCUGAACAGUAGAGAUCUGCAAGACGUCAUCAAAAUGCUAGUGAAGAGAUUAUCUUACAUCUACAUUUUCGUCGAUGGGUUGGACGAGGAGUGUGAUGAUGGUCAGCGCUCUACUCGGAUGUUGGAGGUGGUUGCUUUUCUGUUGGAACUGACGGACGAGAAUCCCCAUUAUGUCCGUAUUUGGUGCAGUAGUCAAGAUCGAAUCGGCCUCAACGCUAAGCUUGGGCACUUCAAUAUUAUCGACGUAAGUUCCAAGCUAAAUAACAACGACAUCCAACAGUUUUUGGCAGACAAGAUGGAGACUUUUGAACAUUUAGAAAUUGAAAAAGGUUAUCGAACUCUUCUGUCACUAGAUUUAUGCCAGAAAGCUGAAGGUUGCUUCCUGUGGGCGUCGCUUAUGCUAGACUCUAUUUCUAAAGCUCCAACGCUAUACGCAAUACAGGAACUUAUCGAAAGAGGCUUACCGCAAGGCUAUGAGGUUUACUAUAAAAGAAGGUUGGAAGACCUCGAUGUCUCACAAAGAGCCUUCGUAUCUAUUCUUCUUGCGUGUGUUCUCUAUGCCAAACGUCCAUUACGCCUAGAAGAGCUCUGCGAGUCUAUGGCAGUCUUCAAAACCAGUGACGGAGAAAACAUCAAUAAAUCACAAAAGCUUUUCCGAAACCAAGUUUUAAAACUUUGCGAGCCUUUGGUUGAAAUCCAAGAAUCCGACAAUUACUCUAUCUGCACCCUUUCUCACGCCUCUGUGCGCAAAUUUCUUAUCGAAUAUUUCAAGAACGAUAAGAAAUCUGCCGUAAGCUCGGUUUCUCAUGAUCCAAUGGGAUAUAUCUGCUUGCGAUAUCUGUCACAGCCUUGCUACAGGCGUUUAUUGGUCAGAAGUGGAGAAACCUUCACUGAUAUGAAUGAUGAAGAUAUCACUGAGCAUCAUCUUCUAUCGUAUGCCGCAAAAUAUUGGGACAAGCAUUUGGAUGACCUCCCUUACUCUCAAGAACUCUGUGGAAAGGUUGAGCAAUUCUUGAAUUCUUCUCAAUUUCAAACUUGCUUGCAAACACAAAGCCUUUUUGUAGAAGGGCAAUUUCAAGUCUGGUAUAAUUCUGUAUCCCUUUGGCGAGGCCCGCAACGUCGUCGUGUGUUUCCAACUUGGCUUUCUGAAAGAUGCGGUCACAGCAUGGAGCAGCAGUAUCAAUUUUUCGUUGCACAGUGGGGAAACGUCUUGAAUAGCGUCACUAGCAUGUAUGGCGAUCACCCUGGAGAGAUUGACCGCUGUUUUUGGAAUGCUCUUGGAACCCAGAACUUCCUUCAUGAUAGCCAGAGCCGCUAUAAAAAUUUUGCGUUUACGCCAGAAAUCCAAAGAGAUCAACAAAUACCAAUACGCUACUUUGAAGGAAUUAAUGAGAUUGGAAAUCGAGUAGUUGUUGUAACCCUCAUGGCGUCGAAAGAUGAUCCUUCCGACCUACAGUUCUGGUGCGAUGAAUGGGCUUUAAAUGGACGCAGUCCUAGCCACGUAAGAUCUCAGCUUCUUGACGCAAAGCGUUCAUCAUGGCGACUCUACGAUCAACCUAAGACACAAUCUGGAUGGCCAGUUCCUGUCUCGCUCACGUCUGACUUGCAAAGCCUAAGGAUUGGAAACCAUAUAUUUGUAAGAUCAUCAGACCAAUCCUUUGUCUCCUUGGAGAGCUUGAUUGGACAAGAGGACUAUUUUGAAGAGGUUAUUAGCUGCGGUGGCUAUGUUGCGUUGUCGACCAGAGGGAUCCCCACUCAGACAGAUCUAUUUGACAAGAAAGAUGACAAAAAAGAGGUGAAUAAAGACACAAUUUUUGAUCACAGCGAGGAGUUAGCUCAGAUACUCGAAGAAAGCGUCAAAUCUGCAGACUCGAUUGCAAAUUCUACAGCUACUACGAGCACUCAGGAAACAGAAAACGCUGAGACAAGCCUCAACUCAACGUCAUCAAGUAACACUUCUGUAUCAUCAUUAGUUAUAGAGGAGCCUGAAGCCAUUGAUUAUCCCGGCAAAGACAUAGAUCUACAGAACUUCGACGCAGAAACCCUCGAGGAUGAUUUAGAAUCAGACAGGGAGAGUAACUCCGCCAACGAAUCUUGGAGCGAAGGAUCGACAAAUGACGUUCCAGAUGAGUUGGAUGACGAGGAUCAGUGGAACGAUUGGAGAGCAGGCGAUCUGGUAGAUUUGGAAGACUUGGAAGAUUUGGAAGAAGAAAUACUUCAGAGGGACGACGACAAUUCUGAUAGCAGCAAUGAGCCUGAUGCUGAAGAGGAGCCUGCCACUUCUGAGGACUCGUACGAUUCAGAAGAUAUUGAGGAUGCCCAUAUAUCUCUUCCGAUGGGUUACCGCUUGAAACAAGCGCAUUCUUCGUCUAGCAACUCAACGACCAGUUCAAUUGGAAGCACUUAUUCGCAAAGCAUUGCUGCCGAUUCUGAUGAUCCAGAUGCGGACGAUUCAGAUUUUGAGAAUGAGAACGGUCGUAGGCUAGAGGACCUGAUGCUUGGGAGGGAUAAAGCUAGUAAAUCGCCAAGUACGAAGCAUGCCACUCUGAGAGUCUACAGCUUAGAGCACAAUAACUGGAACCUAGUCUUUCACUAUUCGGAGUCAUCUACUCACAGAUUAUACGGUUCUCCUCCGGUGAUCCAUCCAACUCAGCCGCUGUUAGUGUGGCCCCUCGGAAACAAUGAGGUGCUGUUUGCCAACCUCAUUAGGAACACCUAUUUCACCCGGCGGCUCUGCUGCUCGGAACCGAAAAGCUGCCAUGUCUUUAUCAAGACGCAUUUCUCGGCUGAUGGACGGCACUUACAUUUUGCUGCUCUUGAAGCAUCCGGAGCAGACGGCACGGAUGAUGAAGGGACCAAGAACAAGCAACGGUCACUACACCUCAACCUCCAAGUGACCACCCACCGUCUAUCUGGCCGCAAGACCGCUCGCGCGCCCCCCAGCCUAGUUUUCCGUACGAAUGUAUCUCUUGGCUCCACAACUUCCCUUUCCGUCUCUCGCCUUCCAUACACACUGACCUGGACACCCAAACAUCUCUAUCUUACAAGCAACAGCGAGACCUUAGCCAUUACCCGCAUUCCACUUUCCUACCCGGAAGAUGGCAGCAAGAGGACUCCAAUUUGCUCUACCCAAGGCGAGGUCUUCCUGCCGCGGAGUGUUGAGUCGCGAAAUGUGUACUACUUCCCUCCUGCUCCUACCUCAUCAACUCCCAGCUCUAAAGGUCUUUCGUUGGACGAUAACCGACAGCGGCAGAGGAAGAAAGACAAGGCUACAAUUAUCAUUGGCUCGUACUCCUCGGAACCAUCGCAAAGACUUUAUGUGCCGAAAAACCUCAUGUCGCCACCUAUUGGGUUGUAUCUGGAUGAGGAAAAGCAUUUAGGGGGAUGGGAGUGCAAGACGAAUGUGGAAGGCGGAGGCAGGGUAGUUAAUCUUGAUGGAGGGAAGCUGAAAGGGAAGUUUGAGAGUUUUGAUUUAAAUGAGGAUUGUGAUAUUGUGCCGUACCUUGUCUAG